UUCCCCAAAACUUAGAAUAUUCAAAGGGAAAUGUCUCCAGUUCCAAAGAAAUUAUUUACUUGACUCUUAGCAAGAUUAUCUAUGUGUUUUUAAAAAUAAAUGUAAUGUAGUAUUCUUUCUAUAGUUAGGCUAUAGCAAGAUAUUUUUUUUCGUAUUUUUGAAAUAUGAGUUCAGUCAGUUCUAAGUGAAAGGUUGUUUAGGCUGGAUUUAUACUUGGAUUAAAUGCAGUGCAAUGAGUGAUAUAGGCCUACUGUUAGCAAACACUAACAAGCUAAGCAUCUUUUAUGCUAUAGAUUUCUGAAUUUAUUGUGUGUGUCCUGUGGGGUGAGACACCCCCAAACAAUAAGCACAACAUGUCACUUUCAGUUUGAACAUUAAAGUACAAAUCUAGAAUUUAAUAGGGAUCAUCAACUUUAAAGGCUUUAAUGACCUUAAUGGUAAUUGCUAUAAUUGUUCCUACUGUCUAUACUGGCUGCAACAAAAGCGUUGAUGGGGGACAAUAUCCAGUCACCGCUCAAUUUUUUUCUCAACCAAAUGUAAAUGUAAUCCUUUUAGAAAAAUAAAGUCAAAUGUGUGUGAGCUGCAAAUCACUGUUGUGGUGAAAACUGCCAAAUGUUAGCUUUUCAGGGACAUUUGACAAAGAUUAAAAUAUGUUGUUAAGUCUGGUGGUUGUAAAGCUUUCUCAACCCACAUAGGAACAUUCAAUUAUCAUUAUACCCUGUAUCUAUACCCAGUAAGUUCUUGCUAAAGACUUAAAGAUCUGUCACAAAGUUUUCACAGCAUCAGGCUUUGGAGUAACGUGCCCACAGAGGAACUCAAACUAAGCACAUUCCUUUUACCAAGUAUCCCAUUAAUUCUAAAUCUCUUAGUAAAAGUCAACUUGAUAACUAUGUUUUGAUCACAAACUGAAAAUAGCAGAAUAGGCGUCAAGCACGUCUGUACAGGACAAGCUGGUUACAAGGAAAUCUGUUAAAUAUGUUCGGUGUAACAGAUAUUACAGGUUAUGAGUCAUGUUAUGUAAUUAAUCACCAUUAAUCCUUUUCACUGUCAAUAAUUCACCUGUUUACACCAGGCUCUGAACAAACAUUACUUUUACUUUUUGUUUCUAAUUGACAUCCACUAGAAUGUGACAUGAUUUUCAAGUAUGUACAAUACAUGUUCAAUAGUAUCAACUUAAACAACUGACUUUCAAUGUUGAAAAAUGGAAGGUUGUUACACCCUAAUCCACACACUGCUAUUUUAAAACUCCUACAUGCUGACUGUGUGGAAGCAUAAUAUCAUACCGGUAAUAUGCGAGUAGGGUAGGUAGACUACGAAUCUGUCAUUUUCUGUCUCGUGUGUCCUGGUUACCUUCACAUCACCAAGGGUUUAAUUACUGCUGAGCAAACCAUAGAGAUGCCUCAAGGGGGACUAGACAGAGAUGAGACGAGACGAGUAAAAUCAGGUGAGAUGGAGCGAAAACAGGAGGUUGCCAGUAAGCCGAGCUUCAGCCAAGUAGAUACAGGAUAUUAAGAUAGAAACUUGAAUGUGCACACAUAAGAGGGAGGAAGACACUCUGCCAGGAUGAGACCUGUACCAACAUGAGAAGAAGUAUGAAUUGUGAGAGGGGAAGUACCGGGGUCAGAGGCAGUGUGCUCUGAUCAAAGGAGUGUGCAGUGGCUUCCUGGAAAUGCUCUGAGUGCGCAGGCCAGCACAUACUAUGGACUCACGGUGAUUGCGAAUUUUACCAUCUUCUGAUUCAUCUACAAGUUGCAUCUUGCCAUCACUGAGCACCCAAGCCAACUCCAUCCACUCACCCUCCCUCCCACCAUGGAUGUUGUCCCAGCUACCCAGCAGGAGGACCCAGGUGCUGCAGUACCCAGCCUCAGCACCACCCCUGGGGAGCCCAUGGAUGUGGAGUGUCCCAUCUGCUACCAGGAGUACAACCAGUACAACAAACGCCCACGGAUGCUGCAGUGUCUCCAUGUUUUUUGCACCGAGUGCCUCGAGAGGAUCCAGCUCUGCCCCUGCGAGCCCCCCAACCUCCGCAGCCCACCAGCUAUCCCCUGCCCCCUGUGCCGCCACCUUACCCCCCUGGAGACUGGGGAUGCCCUCUCCUUACCCUGCAACUCCCGCAUCCUGGCCAAGCUACCCCAUGUGGCCUUCAGCCUGCCUGUGACCAAGGCAACACGCCUAGCUACUGUCAAUCGGAGAGUGGUGCUCUCUGUGGAGGGCGACAGAGACACCCGCUUCAUCAUCAUGCCCACCGUCAGCCUGCGAGUGCAGCAGAUGCACCCGGGCAGGCCGUAUGGCACGGCGCCAGGCCUGGUGGGUGAAGAAGAAGUCAUAGAGCAGAGCAAGAAGACCCUGUUCUGUGUGCAGCUGCUGGCUGUCACCUUCUGGGUGCUGUUUGUGAUCACCUGCGUGAUCGGGGUGGUGUUUGGGCCACGUUUCUUUAACAAGAAACUUUAAUAGGAAAAAAAUAGUUCUCCUUUAUAUAGCAGAUAUUGAUAUAGAGAUUUUCUUUUUUAUCUAUAUUUUAAUGAAGAGAUUUUUUUGAGCACUGUGUUUGCUGUUUACCCUGUAGAUUUGGGACCAACAAAAAGUUGACUGUUAUUUAUAGAAUACCACCACUUACACCAAUCCUUACUCACCGUACUGCAUAUGUGUUGCUCUUUCAUUAUUAAUGAUAUACUGAUGAAGAGUUCCCUCUAGUGGUUUAUUUGGAAAUGUAGAACUGAGAUCACUGUGAAUGAAAAAGUGAUUAAAAACUAAAUGUGCUGUCUUCACUAAGGUUUUAUAAAGUUUUCCGUCUGCCUGUUGAAUAAUGUUAUUAGCUGAUCAUCAAAAAUUGGCAUGGGUUAAUAAAAAUGUGCACAGUUGUGGAUUCA